UCUUUUGAAUCCAUUAUUAUUUUUCUACCAAAUCUCCACACUUUUCUUCAUCCCUCUCACUUCACCUCAAAUUCUUCCUCUUCAAACUUCUAUAUUUUUUUAAGAAAAAAGAGAAUUUUAUAGAGAAGAAGAGGAUCAAGAAAAGAAUUUUUUUUUUAUUUUUUUUUUUUGGGGUGAUAGUGGUGACGGGGAUUGUUUUGUAAUUUUCAUUGGUGUUUUUGGGUGUAUUUCAAAAAAAAAAAUUAGAAGAAAUCUGAGAUUUGGGGGUGGCGCUGUACAAAAAUGGAGUCGGAUAGUAUCGAGUGCGUGUCAUCUAUAGAUGAAAUUGUUGAAGAUCAUGAGAUCCCUCACCAUAAUAUACAGCACCACCCACACCCUCGUCAUGCCCCCCAUCAUCAAUUGUCAUCGUCAAAGCCUCAUCACAACGGCACUAAUAAUGUUAAUAGUAUUAGCAAUAUCGUGGGUCCAACGGCGAUUGCUCCGGCUGCUAGUGUCCAUGAAUUGUUAGAAUGUCCUGUUUGUACCAAUUCAAUGUAUCCACCAAUUCAUCAGUGCCACAAUGGACAUACACUUUGUUCUACCUGUAAAAUACGAGUACACAACCGGUGCCCGACUUGUCGGCAGGAACUCGGUGAUAUUAGAUGUUUAGCAUUGGAGAAAGUCGCCGAGUCCCUCGAGUUACCCUGCAAAUACUACAAGUUGGGGUGCCCGGAAAUAUUCCCCUAUUACAGCAAACUCAAACACGAGGGGAUUUGCAUCUACAGACCAUACAAUUGUCCAUAUGCUGGUUCGGAGUGUUCCGUUGUUGGGGAUAUCCCUUUCCUUGUUGCCCAUUUGAGGGAUGAUCAUAAGGUCGACAUGCACACCGGCUGCACAUUUAAUCAUCGAUACGUGAAAUCCAACCCUCGGGAAGUCGAAAAUGCUACAUGGAUGUUAACAGUAUUCCAUUGUUUUGGUCAGUAUUUCUGCCUACACUUUGAAGCCUUCCAGUUGGGAAUGGCUCCAGUUUACAUGGCAUUUAUCCGUUUCAUGGGUGACGAGACGGAAGCUAGGAACUAUAGCUACAGCCUUGAAGUCGGAGCAAACGGCCGGAAACUUAUAUGGGAAGGCACCCCACGUAGCAUCCGUGAUAGUCACCGGAAAGUCAGGGACAGCCACGAUGGUCUAAUUAUCCAACGAAACAUGGCACUUUUCUUCUCCGGUGGGGAUAGAAAGGAGCUGAAACUGAGGGUUACUGGACGAAUAUGGAAGGAACAACAAAAUCCAGAUGCCAACACGUGCAUACCAAACUAAUGUAGUUGAGUGGAUUGAUUUCGAUAACCUUUUUUCCUUUUCACCUGUUCCGAUCUGUUUCUGCGGUGUGUUAAACCUCUACGAACCCUUUUCCGGCAUGUUGUAAUGGAUGAAAGUUUUCAGCUUAUAUCAAAUGUGCAAAAUAAGAAUUAUCUUCUUCUCCAA